GGAAUAUUUUAAAGGGAAGGGUGAUUAGACCCAUACAAAUACACACCCUUCUUCUAAAUUCUGAGAAAAGAGAAUGAAUAUCGUAAGAUUCCAGCAAUAGUCUUUUCUGCGCCAUCGCUCUCGAUCCAUCCCUUCAACGAUCUUGCGUUUCAUUCACAACAUACUUCCAACUCAUAACCAUAACGGGUGGUAGCAAUGUCGACUCCUGCGAGGAAGAGGCUCAUGAGAGAUUUCAAAAGGCUGCAGCAAGACCCACCUGCAGGAAUCAGUGGUGCCCCUCAGGAUAAUAACAUUAUGCUGUGGAAUGCUGUCAUAUUUGGUCCUGAUGAUACACCGUGGGAUGGAGGCACGUUUAAGUUGACUCUCCAGUUUACUGAGGAUUAUCCUAACAAGCCACCAACUGUAAGAUUUGUGUCACGAAUGUUUCAUCCAAACAUUUAUGCGGAUGGAAGUAUUUGUUUGGAUAUAUUACAAAAUCAAUGGAGUCCCAUAUAUGAUGUAGCUGCCAUACUCACUUCUAUCCAGUCAUUGCUUUGUGAUCCCAACCCAAAUUCUCCUGCAAACUCAGAAGCAGCUCGAAUGUUUAGUGAGAACAAGCGCGAGUACAAUAGAAGAGUGAGAGAAAUUGUGGAGCAAAGUUGGACAGCUGACUAAGCUGAUCGUUAUAUGCUUGUGGACUUUGAAGAUAUGAAUUGGUUUGCACUGCUACCUAUAAGAAAUACAAUGUGCCAACUUACUGAAUUUUAUGUCGUAUUCCUGUCUGUUUUGGAUGUUAGGAUCAUCUUUUCUUUAAUCAAUUGUAGUUUAUGCAUGGUCCAUGUCAGUUUAUGUAUUAUAGAAUUCUGUCAUUUUGCAUCGGAUUAUUGUCUACACGGUUCAAUGUAUAAGUUGUAGUUUUCUGAAUUGGUUAUGGUCCAAAUUUCUUACGAAAACUAGCUUCAGUUUGUAUGAUUUUCUUGUCA